ACACCCCCUCCGCCCACCACAAAACCCGCACUUUCAUCCCCAACUCAACACCGCCCGCGGUCUACUCCGUAAAGAUCAAAGAUCGCCUCCUCCAGUUCUUAUCUUCACCAUCCCCUCAUCCUCACCAGUGCCUGCGCCAGCGCCAGUGCUAAAGCCCACGUCUGAAGAUGGCCUUCUCGGCUUCUUCCUCGCUGCACUCUUCCCGUGUCGCCCGGCCCCUCGCUGCUAUCGACACCGCCCCGCCAAACUCAUCCAAAGGCAAACUUCUCUUUGCCAAAUCAAAGGUCUACGUCCACCCAACUCCCUCCGCAAAAGACAACAUCCCCGGCUUCAUCGCCCUCGUCCGGCCCCCGAAUGCCUCGUCCGACAGAGAGAUCCUGCUCGCGUGGAUGCCAGAGUCCCUCCUCAGAGGCGACGACUUCCGCGCCUACUCCAAAGUAGAUCUCCAUCCCGAGGACGGCCCGGCCUCGGACGUCUACGUCUCGCUCCCUCCCAUCUCCUCCAUCUCGACCUUUGCCUUCGCCAUCCCGCUCGCCCGCCUCUACUCCGUCAUGCUCCGACCGCCUUCUCUCGGCUGGUGGUGGGGCUCCAUCCUCAUCCACACCCGCGACGAGGACGUCGUCCCCGCGCUCUUCUUCCACGACGCAGAGUCCCAGAGCACAAUCCUCCAGCAAAAACAGCGAAACAAGAAAUUCACCCCCUUCGCCCCCGACGGCGACCUCUUCUGGGGCGGCGACCAGUUCAUGAAGUACCUCAGACGCUACUCCUCCGUCGAGAAAUCAACCUUCGAACAGCGCCUCUACCUCAUCAACCCCGACCCAGACGACCUGCUCUCCUUCUCGCCCCCCAACGCCCGCAUCGAGCCCGUCUCCGACCGCGACUCGCUUUCAAAACUCGUCAAAGACGCCCGCUGGAACGUGCUCGAGCGUCUCGCCCGCGUCACCCGCUUCUCCCGCCGCACCGCCCAGGACGUCAUCGGCAACUCGCCGCCGGCGGUGAGAGCCAUGCUCAACGUGCCCGAGGUCCGUCAGCUCGGCGACGACUUUGAUUCCGCGAGGGUCUAUCUUGCGAAAUGGGCAAUGACAAUCUCGGAGGAGGCGGAGCGGAAUAAGACAAAGAUCGUGUGGACCGACGUCGUCGGCGAUCAUAUCGGUUCUGACUUUGGUGUUUUGAACGUCGACGACCGCGUCGAGCGACGGAAUGAGGUCUCUAGUGAGGAGUGGAAGGCCUUCUUUGAUCAUUCGGGGAGACUCUGUAUUACUGUCAGUGAAGUCAAAGAGCGAAUCUUUCAUGGUGGCCUGGCUCCUGAUGUGCGCCCCGAGGCGUGGCUGUUCCUGCUCGGUCUCUACCCCUGGGACUCCUCCCAGCUCGACAGACAAGUGAUAAUGGCGUCCAAGCGCGACGAAUACUACCGACUAAAACGGCAAUGGUGGGACGACGUCGAGCGGCAAAAGUCCGAUCCGGUGUGGAAAGACCAGCGGAACCGGAUCGAAAAGGACGUGCAUCGGACGGAUCGCAAUAUCCCGCUGUUUGCGGGCGAGGACACGCCCCACCCGGACCCGGACUCGCCGUUUGCAAACAUCGGCACGAACGUGCAUCUCGAGCAACUCAAAGACAUGCUCAUUACCUAUAACGAAUACAACACCACGCUCGGGUACGUGCAGGGCAUGUCUGAUUUGCUGUCGCCGAUCUACGCCGUGAUCCAGGACGACGCGGUCGCGUUCUGGGCGUUUGUCGGGUUCAUGAACCGCAUGGAGCGCAACUUCCUGCGCGACCAGAGCGGGAUGCAUCGCCAGCUGCUCGCGCUCGAUAACCUCGUGCAGCUGAUGGAGCCGAAGCUGUACACCCAUCUCGAGAAAGCAGACUCGACAAACUUCUUCUUUGUCUUCCGCAUGCUGCUCGUGUGGUUCAAGCGCGAGUUCAAGUGGGAUGAUGUGCUGCGGCUGUGGGAAGUGCUCUGGACCGAUUACCUGACCUCGCAGUUUGUGCUCUUUGUCGCGCUCGCCAUCCUCGACAAGCACAAGGACGUCAUCAUGGAGCAUCUCGAGCACUUUGACGAGGUGCUAAAGUACAUGAACGAGCUCUCCAAGACGAUCGACGUCGAAGAAACCCUGACGCGCGCCGAGGCUCUUUUCUACCGCUUCCAGCGCACCGUCGAGGCCAUCGACCGCAAAAACAAGGAGCCGCUGCCCUCCGGCGGAGGAGGCUGGAGCUCGCCUAUCUCGGCGGUGCCGUCGAAUAACAGCAACGGCGCGUUCCCGGACGGGUUGCCGGAUAAGACUUUGCCGUUGAAGCCGGACGUGAGUGGGCGGAUUGUGAUUAGCGAUGUGCUGAGGGAGUUGUUGUCCAAGGAGAUUAUCGUGGUCAAGGACACGAUUCCGAUGGAGGAUUACGAGAGUUGAUUUUAUUUGCCUAUUUGUUUACUUUGUCUACUUUGUUUAUGGGAUCGGCUGGAGUUAUUCAUAUUCAUGUUUCUGUUUGUACGUUCAUUCUAUCUUGAUGAUA